GCUAGUUGAAGCAAAUGAAGGAACAGAACUUGAUGCCUUUCAAGUGGGUGAGGUGAGGGCAUUGAUGUUCCUUCGGGAAAUCCGUGCAUGAGACACUAGUCCCUGUUCGGUAUAGCGUGCCUUGUCAAUGAAGACCAACGGAAGACGUCGGACCGAAAGUGCAGAAGAUAUGGCGAUCUUCCUGCUGCAUAUACAAAAGGGGGGCCACCCGGCCAUUCCACUGCCGAGCAUGGUAAUCCGCAGGUUGUCCUUGAGCUGCUGUCAGGUAGUAGACACAUACCAUGGCAAAAAAGCCAAAGAAAUAUACUAGAGUGCGCACGGGCUGUUAUACUUGCAAGAUCCGGCGCGUCAAAUGUGAUGAAGCCCGGCCAGGGUGUGUAAGAUGUACCAGUACCGGACGGAAGUGCGACGGGUAUCCCCCAGAAGUGGUAAAGACCGCUCAGGCAGAAGAGCAGGGGACAUUGCAGUCCCCGUUUAACCUUCCUCUUUUCACCAAAGCGGGCGAAAGUAUGUCCUUCGACUACUUUCGCCGGCAUACCGCAUCUCAACUCUUGGGAUGUUUCCACGCCGCUUCUAAGGAUCGUUUGGUUCUCCAGAUGUGCUAUGCCGAGCCCGUCAUCCGAUACGCCGCCAUUUCCUUGGCGGACUUGCAUCGCAGCUUUGCAGAUUCAACCAGCCCUAACGGUCCAGGGAACAGCAAUAAGCAGCAUUCCGCUCUGGUCCAUUAUGCAUCCGCUCUCUCACACAUGAAAUCUCUACUCUGUUCAAAAAUCCAGUCUAUGGAUACCUUUCUGACAGCUUGUCUCCUGCUUUCUUCCAUUGAAAUCUUCCAAGGUCGGUACCAGGCCGCUGACGUACACCUGCGCUGUGCCUUUUAUAUGUCAGAGAUAGCAAAAGACACGGGCAGGGGCCCGGCGAGGCAGGACCGACCUAAUACAUUAAUCAUAUCCAAAUAUCCUAUGGUCGGUACCUUGAUGCGCAUGCGAUUUCAAUGUGAUUUGUUCCUGGAUGUCGCUUCCACUACUCCCAGCGCACUUACUAAGCCAGGGCAGUAUUUCUCCGUCGCCACGCCGGACAUGUUUACGUCCUUGGGUGAGGCUCAGGAUAUUCUUUUCAACCAGAUUGAUAGGUUCUUUCGACUCAUCAACCAGAUAGCUCUGGCAAAAAUUGCAACCACGCCCGGCAUGACGUCUGGUGAUGUCGGUGAUCGACGUAAAUACCCCGUAGCCAUGGCGGAGAGCGAGGUGUUUCUUCGACAAAUACAAACCGAGGGAGUGCCCGGAUUGGAUCAGUGGGAUCGCGCUUAUCGGGCGUUUCGGAGCCAACACGCCCAUACGUUUUCAACGCCUGAGCAGCACGCAGCGACGCUCGUCGAGAUUUACCGCGAUGCUUUGCGAAUGCUGCUCCAGAUGGACCACUCGCAGGGGGCGUUUGCACACGACCCGUUUGAAAGGGAGUUUGGUUUGCUUUUAUCGAGACUACAGCUGCUCUUAGACGAUUCGCCUCAACCUGCAUGCACUGCUGAGGCGCCACCAGUUUUUACUUUGGAAAUAGGGAUUGUCCCAAUCCUCUACUUUAUUGCCACAAAUUGUCGAAACUAUGGUACCCGCCACGGCGCGCUUGCUAUCCUGGCAGCGGCACCUCGUAGGGAGGGGACAUGGGAUGGCUCUAUGAUUUACACCAUCACCAAGCGCUCUGUGGCCCUCGAAGAGGAGGGUCGUUUGGACGGCGACCAGAGCGCACGAGGUAUCCCUCCAAGCAGUCGGUUGAUAGGAAUGCAAGCUGGGAUUGAUCCGGUCAAGCAGAGUGCUUUCCUCGUAUUACAUCAGCUCGGGCGUAGUCAGCGUGAGACAUUUCAGUGGUAAGAAUUGGUUAACCUCGGGCAUGACUCUAUAUGACUCUAUUAUUGAGACUCAUGCACUGGAUUACUCAGCCUGUCUAACUGAAUGCGGUGCCCGCACGGAAUAGAAUCAUUCUUCGAUCUCUUUUGUCUUUUCCUUUUUU